CAUUGCUCCAAUGGACACCCUGGAAGUAACAAGUCUUGUGGUUUGCACUUAACAAAUAAAGGCAAACCAGUGCCAUAAAAUAAACAAUAAUUAAAUAUUUAAGUUAAAAUUAAAUAAUUAAAACAACAUAAAUUAAUUAUCAUCUGCAAAUAAUAAUCAUAAUAUAUAUCAUCAAUGAAGUUUUUAAAACAACAAAAAGAAACAAAAGACAAAAGGCCCUAAACAAUUGUUGAUAAUUAAUUGUUCAAUAAGCAGAAGUUUCGAGUUUUAAGUUCAAAGUGGGUGUUAAGUGUUUAAUUAAAAGUGUAACACAUUGGAUACCAAAGACAAUGGAUUACGUGUUGAUAAAAGACAUACGACCCGGACAGAAAAAUAUAAAUGUGGUAUUUAUUGUUCUUGAGGUUGGACACCCUACAAUAACUAAAGAAAACCGCGAAGUUCGAACAUUUAAAGUUGCCGAUUCAACCGCGUGUAUGAAUGUCUCGAUUUGGGACGAACCCGGACAAUUACUGGUACCUGGUGAUAUUGUCAGACUUACUAAAGGAUACGCGUCUGUUUGGAGACAAUGUUUGACUUUGUACUCGGGUAAAAAUGGUGAUAUACAAAAAAUAGGUGAAUUUUGUAUGGUUAUUAAUGAACAAUUAAAUAUGAGCGAACCUAAUCCGGCAUUAGCACAACAACUUGUUAAUCAAGGUGGUUCUGGACCACCUGGUAAUAUUAAUAAUACUAUUACUAAUAAUGGAAAUGCUAAUAAUAUUGCUGGCACACCAAGACAAUCACCAAUUGCUAUUCAAAGCAACUCAACUACACCAAAUACACCAGCAACGGCAAGUAGUUCAGCUAAAAGUGGGAAUGGUGGUGGUGGUGGUGCUGGUACUGCUGGAGGAGGUACCAGUUCAACAGGAUUACCUGGAGGUUCUGCAAGAUUCACAGCUAAUGAAAGCACUCCAAAGACAACAACUAAUCCAUCGACUGGGAAAACCAGCGCACGUGGCCGAGGUAAUUACAGGAAUGGAGGCCGCAGUGAUCGCAGAUAACAUCACGAAUCCCCAAUAAAUUCAACUGUAAAAAAUUGUGUCUAAAUUAAAUGAGACUUUUAUAAACUCGUCUCAUUUAAAUGUAAAAUAUUGUGUUCUCAACACUCAUGUACAGUACGCGAAUAACGUUUCAUUAUUUUUUUUUUUUUUUGUUUUCACUUAAAUUAUUAAAUGUAAACAGGUGUUUUUAUGCUUAUAUUUAAUUUAAUCCCAUACUUUUCGAGAUACUUUUUUUUUCUUUGAGUGAAGAAUUGUCUACUUUAAAUAAUUGUCAGUAUAAAUUUUAAUUGAUGGUUAUCAAUAAGAGUAUUUUAUUUAAAUAGCCACACACAUGCAGUAAAAAAGAGUUCGUCAAAAUCUACACAUGUUGUGUGUAAAAAAAAGUCACACACGUUUAUGUUAAAAGUAAAAAUUUUCCAAUAAUUAUUUUGUUAUGGUCACGAAUAUUUUUUCUGCCCUCCGGUCGGAAAGUGAAAACUUUGAACGAAGUUGUAACUUUCCGUUUCCGUCGAGCAGAAAAAUAGUAUACGCACCUUGGCCAGUAAAAAAAAAAAAAGCCUCAGGCCACAUGUUUGUCAGCCUCGACCAACAAUUACAUGUGAUCUGAGACCUUUCUUAUUUUUCUGGCCUAGAUAUGUAAUAUGCUAUCAACAUAUAUUGUGUUAAUUUAAGAGCAAUCUUUUAAAAAGUAUUACUUUCGAAUAAAAUAACAUUUUUAAAAAGUCAAUCAAUUAAAGCUGAUCAAGCAAAAGAAUAAUUAACGCGUUUUUUUUUACACUUUGAUGAAUCCUUUAUUACUGUGUAGACAAAUGAUUUUUUGUAUGAUUCAAUUUACUGAUGAACCUUAAAAUCAAAUUUAAUUUUAGUAUUAAAAACUCAUUAGUUUGAUAAGAGUUCAGUAUCACGACUGGUCAACUCAUGAUAUAUCAAUUUUCUUAUUUUAAAAAUAUUACUUUCGGGUUAAUUUUGAAAUGCUUGUACUUUUUCGAAAUAAUGUAUCCGUUGAUAAUAUUUACUAGUAUUUUAAUUUUACAGAUGUUCAUUAAUAACAUAAAGUACAGUAUCAGAUAUUUUUUUUAUAAGUUUUUAAGUUAUGAAAUAUUAAUGUGUAUCAAGCAACAUGUUGAUCUAACGCACAUGUUUUAUGUCUACAUCGAAUAAAGAUUAUUUCCCAUGGAUACUAGUGACAGAUGAAGCAACAGCUUUAUCUCGAGUGCGUCAUCAGCUCAUCAGUAAAGCUUUUGAAUGUAUUUUACUUUUCACUGUAUCUAGAUAUACAUAUACUAGAAAUAUAAAACUGUGUGGAUGUUGUUUACUUCGCCGUCCUUAGUAAUAGAUAGAAAAAUAAUUUAUAUAUUUUUAAUACUCCAUUUUAUAACUAAAAAAAUGUGACCAGUCGCGAUUCUAAAUUAUCUUAUUUUUUUUAAAUCAUUACAUUUUUUCAGUAAAAAAUUAAAAUUUUAAUUCAAUUGUUUCUCAUAAUUAAUUAAAUUAAAUUAUAAUUAUCCUCAAAAGUAAUCAUAUACUUUUUUUAGGAUUUAUUCUUAAAUAAAAAUUCUAAAUAUACAAUAAAGAGAAGGGCUUAAUGUUUAAUAAGGAAAUAGACCCAAUUAUUGACACGAUAAAAAGUAGGGUAGAAAUUGAAACUUUAAUCAAUUUUUAAAAAUAGAAAAACGCCACGACAUGCAAUAAAUUGUUGGUAAAUAAAACCAUUGAUGUAUAAAGAAUGUGAUAAUUUUAAUUAUUUAAAUUGAUAAAAAUAUUAAAUUUUCUCAUCAUAUUUUAAGGAUAAAGAAAAACUUGGGAUUACGAGGAGUACGAAUAUCUCCAUGUAUUUUAAUAGAUCUAGAGCAUCUUAAGUAGCACACUUGGUUUUGAGGCUGUUUUUUGACCUAUCGAUUACACCGAAAUAUUUACAAAGCGAUUAGAAAUUUAUCACCGAAAAAAUAUCUGCUUAGAGAACUUGACACAAGCGAUGACAAAAAGUAAAUUGCAAUUAAUGGCCAAAUAAGUCAUCUAAAUAAUUUUUUAAUUUAAAUUAUUUUUUUAGGACAGAAAAAAAGACGAAUUUCCUAUGAUUCCUAAGACCGACAUACAGAUGUCUUAUUUAUAUAAAAAAAACUUGGCAUUAAGACAAAAAUUGUCUUGUCCUUUUAAAAGAAAAAUGUUUAUGACAUUUAAAGGUGUGUCUGUGCUACUACCCUGUUAUGACAAAACGACGUAUCUCGAGAUACGCUGUUUUGUCGUAACAAAGUUAAAAAGGUUUAUUUAGUGUCACUUAAUAAUAGGGUAUCAUCAAAAUUUUACUAAUUUAAUUAAUUAUGCCAAUAAUAUUGAUCAAAUGUGUGUAUAAAAGAAAUGAAAAAAAAACGUAUCUUUUUUGCAUUGGAAAUUUAAUUCUUUGAGUUACAACGCUUUGUCAUAACAAUUUCAUCUAUUUAUCAAAAUAAGAAUUAGUUUCUUACGAUACAAAAAACGUAUCUCGAGUUACAACGUUUUGUCAUAACAGAAAUUAAUUUUUCUGUUAAAUUGUACUCAAAUUCUGUUAAAACUUUAAACGCUAUUUUCUCAAAACUAUAAUUUUUGAGAUACGUCGUUUUGUCAUGACAGGGCAGACUUGUGAUAGUUCAGAGGAAAAAAACCAAGACGUAAAUAUACAAUAAAUAAAUGCGUUCAGAGCGGCAAGUCAAACUUGCCGAUAAUAUUAUUUUGUUAUAUUUAAUAUAAAUAAUAAAUAAAAGUUUUAAACGCAAUUUCCAUGCUUCUGAUAAUUCAAUAAAUAGUCUACUGUUAGUAAAUAUGAAUUAUUUUGUAUGAUUACUUCAAUUUAUCAAUUAUUGAUAUGACGUUUAUUCUUCAUUGGUGUCGAAGUUUCGUGCUCUUUUCAAGGACGUCUCAAAAUUGCUACUUUUUUUUUAUCUAAUUCUGUACGUUAUAAAUUUCUUUUAAAAAUAUUUAAGUGAAUAAUUCAUUUUAAAAAAGUGUCAAUAAUCGGGUCUUUGAGCUAAUUAUCAUUUGGUAUUUCCAUGAUUAUUUAAAUAAAAGUCGUAAUUUAUUUAAAAAAGAUCAAAAUUCCGAUAAAUUUAUCAGUGAAUAUUCUGAUAAAAAAUAAUUUUUUAAAAUAUGUAAAAAUAAAAAUAUUAAAUAAUACUAUACGAUUACUAUCGUUAUUGAUAAUUAAGAUUUAUGCUAACAAUUAUUUUAAAAAACAAACCAAUCACUC